ACUUACUCGUGAAGACGAUCGCAUCACAAGCGCCAAAUACUUGCGGUCAAGAUGAAAACUGUGUUCACACUGAUCUGCUGCGCGGCAGCUCUGGCCGUCGUCUCCGGCUUCUCAAUCGUCUUGAGACAGGAUCCGGAGACACUAUGCUCCGGCCAGGAGAACUUUCUGCGGAUAGCCAGCGUCGAGAGUUGCAUCCAGUACUACCAGUGUUACAAUGGCCGUUCUUACAUGAUGGAAUGCCCGAGAGGCUUGUGGUUCAAUGAGGAGUAUCAGGUUUGUGACGGAUCCACCCCACCGGAAGACUGCAACCCAGAAUUUGAACCUGAGCCGGAAGCUGAGGAACCUGAAUCGGAACCCGAAGAAGAACCUGAAUCGGAACCCGAAGAAGAACCUGAAUCGGAACCCGAAGAACCUGAAUCGGAACCCGAAGAGGAACCUGAACCGGAAUCCGAAGAAGAACCUGAACAGCCCGAAGAUGAACAACCUGAAGAUGAGCAGCCCGAAGAUGAACAACCUGAAGAUGAGCAGCCCGAAGACGAUCAACCUGAAGAUGAGCAGCCCGAAGAUGAACAACCUGAAGAUGAGCAACAAUUGAAUAAACAGCAGGAAAACGACGGUGAGAAUUUGACUGUAGAAAGCGAAGAAUCCAGCGAAGAGACGCUAGAAGUAAAUGAGGAUGAAAAUGACUUAGACGAUGAUGAUAAUAUUGAUGGUGGUGAUGACAAUGAAAAUGACAACAGUGAUGAAAAUGAAGACAGCAAUGAAGAUGAAAAUAAUGACGAUAGCAAUGAAAAUGAUAACAACGAAAGUACUGAUAGUGGUGAAAAUAAUGAUAAUGGUGAAGAGAGCAAUAACGAAGAAGAUAAUAGUAAUGACGAAGAAAAUGAUAACAGCGAAGAUAAUGACGAUGGAGAAAACGGUGGCGAAGUCGACGAUCUACAUAAAAAGAUACAAGACCAAAAUGACCAAGAUGAUGGGGAGCAAGAAAACGAAGGCGAACCAGAAAGCGAUGACAAUCAAGAAAACGACGAUGACCAAGGAAAUGUAGACGAACAAGAAAAUAAUACUGAGCAAGUCGAUGGAGACCGCUCGUUAAAACAUAGGGCAAUAAAGAAACUAUCCAAACAAAACGAGCAAGAGGAACAAGAAGAUGACGGUGAAGUUGUUGACGGUGAAGAUGUUGACGGUGAAGAUGUUGACGAUGAAGAUGAUGACGGUGAAGAUAAUGACGAUGACUCUGAGGAAAAUAAUGAGAACGACAACGAGGACAUUGUGGAAGCUGUUCCUUAUGAACAAAAACAAAAGAAAGACGCUGGCGAUGCUGGAAACAAGUUUGACAGUAAACUAAAAACGCUUUUAAGGCAAUGAACUCAAUCGGUUUGUAAGAUGCUAGUGCAUUCUUAAGCUUUCCUAAAGGAAUGUUUUCUUGUAAUGCAGUAGGAAAGUAGGAGUAGGUUAGCAAUAGGGAAAUUAUUUAUUUUAGUUAUUAAGUGUUAUAAUUAGGUACACUUUGUGCAAUUUUGUAUAUAUGUGAGAGAGUCAAUAAACAAGUGAAGCGA